GACUCGCGGGAUUUAAUGUUGGUAGCAACCAGGUGCGCGAGGAGGGAAUAUGGAAGUUUAUUACUACAUUAUAACCCACAUUUAACCCCUUAAUAUGCGUUAAAAACAUCAAUUUACACUUAAUUCGUAACUUAUAGGAUUAUAUUUAAUUAAAGUAAACCGAAAUCUGAAGUUAAAUCCUGUAAUAUGGAUGAGAACAGGGAGAGAAGUGAAAGUUGUGGUAAAGACUCUUCUGGCUCUUACGGUGAAGACAAAGCUCGAAGUGACAGGAACACCUGUGGAGAGCAUUUACUGCCACUCAGGGAAAUGUAUCCUUAUAUUCGCUGUGGUCUCUGCAAUGGGUUCUUCAUCGAUGCCACCACCAUCACUGAAUGUCUUCAUACAUUCUGUAAAAGCUGCAUUGUCAAGCACUUCUUCUACAGUAACAGAUGUCCCAACUGUGCCAUUAUCGUUCAUCAAACUCAACCACUGUAUAAUAUAAGACCUGACAGGCAAUUGCAAGAUAUUGUUUACAAAAUGGUUCCACAUUUAGAGGAAGUGGAGAGAACACGAAGUAGCGCAUUUUACAAAGAAAGAAGACUCGCGGUGAAGUCUCAGAACGAAAAACAAGGAGACCAGAUGCCCCAAUCUUUUUUUACCAUUCCUCCAGAGCUCGAUGUGUCACUGAUGCUGGAGUUUGUCGGAGCUGAAGAGGGUAUUGAGAAUUUUAAGCCUCUAGAGAGAAGGUACAUACGUGUAUCCGGUGAAGCCACUAUUCGUCAUGUUGAGCUCUUUAUCAGAAGAAAGAUGGAGUUAAGUUCAGAUUUGCAGGUGGAUGUUGUUUGUGGCGAGCAUCUUCUAGAGCAGCGUCAGUCUUUAAGAGAAGUGAAAAACACGAUGGGGGAAACUGCUUUACAGGAUGGAAUGCUGGUUUUACAAUUUGGACUUGUGCUGCCUACUGAUUGAACAGGAUGCUGAUGUUUGUGUGUGUGUGUGUGUGUGUGUGUGUGUGUGUGUGUGUGUAACUAAAGUAGUUCUAGUAAGGAGUGAUUUUUUGUUGUGCUACCUCAUCCUCACAAUUGGAUCCUAGUUAAAUUAUUAAUAACCAAUGAUGCCCAGAACUACUCAAAAAACAAUAAGCUAAAAAUGAAAACAUACGUUUUUAUAAAAGCUGUAAAAAAGUUUUGUAAUGAGAUGCUGUCAGUGCACUUGGUUCUACUCAAUAAACCUGUGUUUGAUCAGUUGUGAUUGUGAGUUGUAUAUUAAAAGUGCAUUGGUUUUAUAAAAUACUGUUUAUUUACUAGG